AUGACUUACAAGGCCACCCUCAACUUGGUUUCUACUCAGCAGAAACUGGUCCCCAACUUCAGUUGCAUUCACCAGGAAAAAAUUAUAGCAGUCAUUGGAGGGCUUUUCUCUGAAACCUCUGCGGAUAUGGCCACCAUAUUGAACAUCUACAAAACUCCUCAGGUGCUGCCCCUUUCUGUCUGCAAUGACCACUGUCAUCCUGGCUACAGCAAGAGAAAGAAGGAAGGGGAGAAAUUUUGCUGCUAUGAUUGUACCCCAUGUCCAGAGGGGAUGAUAUCGGAGAAGAAUGUCUUAGUGUUUGCAAUUUUUGUGAAGCACAAAGACACUCCCAUAGUCAAAGCUAAUAACAGGAGCCUCACCUACAUUCUCCUCAUCUCCCUUCUUCUUUGCUUCAUCUGCCCCUUGUUCUUCAUUGGACAGCCUGUAAAUCUGACCUGCCUUCUCCGCCAAACAACUUUUGGCAUUGUCUUCUCUGUGGCCCUUUCCAGUGUGCUAGCCAAAACCAUCACUGUGGUUCUGGCUUUCAUGGCUUCAAAACCAGGAUCCAAGGUUAAAACAUGGAUAGGGAAAAGACUCACAAAUGCUAUUGUCCUAUCUUGUUCCUUUAUUCAAGCUGGUAUUUGUAUGCUUUGGUCAGCUACAUUUCCUCCAUUUCCAGACAAGGACAUGCACUCAGUUAAUGCAAAAAUUACAGUGGCAUGUAAUGAAGGUUCAUCCACCAUGUUUUACUGUGUCUUGGGCUAUCUGGGCUUCUUGGCAAUUGCCAGCUUCACUGUAGCUUUCCUGGCCAGGAAGUUACCUGACAGUUUCAAUGAAGCCAAGUUCAUCACUUUCAGCAUGUUGGUCUUUUGCAGUGUUUGGAUGUCUUUUGUUCCAACGUACUUGAGCUCUAAGGGGAAAUAUAUGGUGGCUGUGGAGAUCUUCUCCAUCUUAUCCUCCAGUGCUGGCUUGCUCAGUUGUAUUUUUUUCCCAAAAUGCUAUAUCAUUGUUCUGAAGCCACAGCUGAACAACAAGGAACAUUUAUUAAGGAAACAGAAUGAAAGAAUUUAA